CACCCCCACGGUUUUACCACUCUAGCCCUCUUUGAAGCGUUACAAACAAAACAGCUUCGGCUGCACUUUUAAUUAAAUGUAACAAUACAGAAGUGGGUCUGCUCUGUGCACUGAAGGCCGAGGAUCGUUUCCUCAUCGCCAUUUUCAGCCGGUGUAACGAUGGACACCGACUACUCAUCCGCCUUGGAAAACCCUCUGUACAGCGAGCUGAAAUACUUCUGCAGGAAAAUACAGGAGGCUUACAACGAGCUGCGGGAGGACCUGACACCUCACCGCGAUGACCGCUUUUAUAGACUCGCCCCCAUGCGGCUCUACACGCUGUCGAAAAGACACUUUGUCUUAGUUUUCGUGGUGUUCCUGAUCUGCUUCGGCCUCACAGUCUUCAUUGGGAUUGCAGGUCCAAAGGUCAUUGCUGAGCAGGAACACAAUGGUGAUCAGUUAGUUUCCAAAAAUGUUUCAGUAAAGACUGGGCCCUUCAGUUUAGUUUCUCCUCCUCUCACAACCUACAACCAGCAGCUGUGGCUCACCUGUGUGAUGCAGGUCGAAAACAGCAACAUGGGAGACUUCCAGCAGCCCUUUGAGAUCAAUGUUGAGCUUAAGGGAGUGAUGCAGGAUGCCAGUGUGAAGCAUAUCAACACUGUGCAACAGAAACCACGAAAACUGCACUGUGGGGCUAAAUGUGAUGAGAUCAUUGUGCUGCAUCUGGGUUACCUGAACUACACCCAGUACCAGGUCGCAGUCAGUUUCAAAGGUCUUGAAAAUAUAACUUAUGACAUCAAGGUUAAGUUCUUGUGGAAAACAUACAAUCCAACCUUUUCACAAGUGGAAAUCUGGUUCCGUUUCGUUUUUGUGGUGUUGACUUUUAUGGUGACGUGUUUGUUUGCUCAUUCACUGAGAAAAUUUUCUAUGCGGGACUGGGGCAUAGAGCAGAAAUGGAUGUCCAUCCUUCUCCCUUUGCUCCUGUUGUACAAUGAUCCAUUCUUCCCGCUGUCAUUCCUGGUGAACAGCUGGUUUCCAGGGACGUUGGACGCUUUUUUCCAGGCUCUCUUCCUGUGUUCUCUCUUGCUGUUUUGGCUCUGUGUUUACCACGGCAUCAGGGUUCAGGGUGAGAGGAAAUUUCUGACAUUCUACCUGCCAAAACUGAUCAUUGUAGGCCUGCUGUGGCUCUCAGCAGUCACACUGGGGAUAUGGCAAACGGUUAAUGAACUCCAGGAUCCUACCUUUCUUUAUAAAAUGGAUAUUGUACACUUUGAGGGAAUGAAGGUCUUCUUCUUGAUUGUUGUUGUCCUUUACAUCCUCUACCUGAUCUUUCUGGUUGUCAGAGCUUGUUCUGAACUAAAGAACAUGCCAUACUCAGAUCUCCGCCUUAAGUUUUUGACAGCGCUGACGUUUGUGGUUCUCAUCAUAAGCAUGGUCAUUCUCUACCUGAGGUUUGGUGCCAAGGCUCUUCAAGACAGCUUUGUGUCUGAAUUGUCUACUCAUUAUCAAAAUUCAGCUGAAUUUUUAUCCUUUUAUGGUCUGCUCAACUUUUACUUGUACACGCUGGCAUUUGUCUACUCUCCUUCCAAAAAUGCCCUUUAUGAUUCACAGUUGAAGGAUAAUCCAGCUUUCUCGAUGCUAAAUGACUCGGAUGAUGAAGUCAUAUAUGGGAGUGAUUAUGAAGACAUGCCUUUACAAAAUGGUCGUUCUAUCAAAGCAACUGCGAAGUACCAGGAUGAGAGUGAUAGCGACUGAUGUAUGACGUCAUCUUGCCCCUCUUCUGCAUCCCUGUUGGAAACUUAAGAGGAUCCCUUGCAACAGAUUAUCAUGUUUGUGCAUCUUCCUGGGUAACAGUUAAUUAUAUACUGUAAAUGUACAUAAAUAUAUUUUUAAAAAAUUAUAAAUUACAUCUUCACUGAAUGUACUGUACUUUCGAAAGUUGGGGUAGCCAGUCACACAAAGUCAACACCAAUGUAUAACAAUGGGUUUUUUUUUUAACCAAUAUUGUAAAUGGUUUUCUCCUCAAAACCAGCACUUCUUCACAACAUAAUCAAAAAUGAUCAGGUAAAUUGCAACUAUUGGAUGCGAGUUUUGUGUGGAAUAAUUGCUAUUUUAACACUUUGUUAAACCACUUUUCCUUCUCGACAGUUGAUUGCAUUAAAUUAUUCCUCUCUGCUCUCUGACAGUCUAAAAGUCAAAUGCUGCAUCUGGAGGAUAGGGCUCAGUAAUGUUUAAUGGGAUUCUGUAAGGGAUACUCCAGCAGCUGCAAGUGAACACUUUAACAGUGUGCACAAACUGGCUCAUUAGUAGCACUGGCAUGAUUCAGGAACAGGAAAUCUGUUGAUGGAUCCUCUGAUUCUGACAUAUUUUUAAAUGCACAGAACCUUAACUAUACUAGGUACCACAACUUUUACCAUUUAUGGAAACCAGCUAUAAAAUUGCACUUUUCAAGUUUUAUUUAUUUUGCCAAAAUGUGAUUUAAUAGUGUGUUAUCACAUGACAUGGAUGGAUGAAUGGAUGGAUAGAUUUUGAUGAGUUGCUUGAAUUUUCUCACAACUUAGUUUUCAUAGACUACUGAAUCAUUGUCAUAUUAGACAUUUCUUAUCCCAGCACAUACGGUGCUUGUACUACUGGCCAAAUAAAUUUUGCCUUUGUUGAACACAUCAUUUUAAGUGAUCAGGUUCACCCUAACCUUGUUCAUAAUGCCUUUGUUCUGCUUAUCUUUUCUUUUUUUUAAUGAGACUGGAGCUGAUGGACAAAAACAGCCAAAACAAAUGUAUUUCUUUUCUCUAUAAAUGUUUUAUUCAA